UUUUUGGUAUAUAAACGACUACGAUUGGAAAAGUUGUCAUUAAUCAAACAGAGCUUCUGCUGUACGGAAAUCAAUUUUCUUAUUGCUUUAAUUUCUCAAUAAAAUAAAAAAGAAUUAAAAUCACGAUGGCUUGCAAAGGUUGUGGAACAAAUGCUCAAUGUAAGUGUAAAACUGCCUGUAACUGCGAUGCACAAUGCAAGUGUGGAACCACCUGUAAAUGCGAUGCACAAAUCAAGUGCGGAAGUGGCUGUAAAUGUGAUGGUCAAUGUAAGUGUGAAGCAGGAUGCAGAUGCGAUGAUCAAUGCAAGUGUGGAGCAGGAUGUAAUUGCGAUGAUCAAUGCAAGUGUGGAGCUGGCUGCAAAUGCGCAACUGCCUGUAAAUGCGGUGAUCAAUGCAAGUGUGGAACUGGCUGCAAGUGCGAUGGUCAAUGUAAGUGUGGAGCAGGAUGUAAUUGCGAUGGUCAGUCUAAGUGUGUAGCAGGAUGUAAUUGCGAUGGUCAAUGCAAGUGUGGAGCUGGCUGCAAAUGUGCAACCGCCUGUAAAUGCGGCGAUCAAUGCAAGUGUGGAGUUGGCUGCAAAUGCAAUGCUCAAGAAAAAUGUGGAACUGAUUGUAAAUGCGAUGCUCAAUGUCAAUGUGGACCUAGCUGUGAAUGCGAUGUUCAAGAAAAAUGUGGAACUGGCUGCAAAUGCGCUGCUCAAUGCCAAUGUGGAACCAACUGUAAAUGUGAUGCUAAAGAGAAAUGUGGAACUGGCUGCAAAUGCAACGCUUAAUGCAACUGUCGAUGCAUGUCACAAGAUGGAACACUAGGAUGUUGAAAGUGAAGAGAAAGCUGAAGAAAAUUCGUCACGAUUGUUGUAGAAAUCAUUUUGUUAAACCAAAAACUUUAUGAUGAAAUAAAUUGUUCUGGUUAACUCAA